GGCACCCCCUUCCCCGUCCCCAGCAAGCACCCCCGCGUCCUGGCCACGUGGGUGGUGAGCAACUACAGGGAGAGGCACGAGCGGACCCGCGUGUACAAGCAGCUGAGCCGGCUGAUGGCGGUGGACGUGUAUGGGCGCUACGGGCGGCGGCCGCUGAGCCCCGAGGGGCUGCUGCCCACCAUCUCGCGGUACCGUUUCUACCUGGCCUUCGAGAACUCCGUCUACCGCGACUACAUCACCGAGAAGCUGUGGCGCAACUCCUUCCAGGCGGGCUCGGUGCCGGUGGUCCUGGGCCCCCCCCGGGCCGACUACGAGGCCCAGGCGCCCCCGGGCUCCUUCAUCCACGUCGACGACUUCAACUCCACGGGGGAGCUGGCCGCCUUCCUGCGCGGGCUGGCGGCCGACGAGGGCCGCUACCGGAGCUUCUUCGCCUGGCGGCGGCGCGGCAGGGUGCACCUGUACACAGACUGGCGGGAGAGGCUGUGCGCCAUCUGCGCCCGCCACCCCCAGCUGCCCCCGGGCAAGGUCUACCACGACCUGGACGCCUGGGCUCGCUGGUAAGGAACAGCCCCCGCCCCCCCCCGCCCGAGCCCAGCAGGGGAAAGGCGUUCCUCCGGGGUUCGGGGCGCUGGCGGACUCGGGACGAGGGGAGCUAUGUCGAGGGUGGGGGGGGCGCGGGUGUGCACGUCCAUUUCCCCCGCCCCCCCCCCCACCUUCCGGCUGGAUUUCAUUGGCAGAUCGAUCAGAAGGGGGAUGGAUGGGGAACGCAAGAGGUCCCAGUUCCGGGGGUGAGGGUGGAACUGUGUUUCCCAGUGGAGACUGCUGGGGGGAGGUUUAGAGACGGUGCUUCCUGAGAUGGAGAUGACGCCUCCUGAGAGGUGCUGUAUCGACAGUUAUAUCACAAUCGAAAGAUCGGCUAUAUAGCUACGACAUACAGCCGAUGUGGGAGCAUCCCUGUCAGCACCGGACCCAGAACUGGCGGGAGGACGGCGGUGGAGUGAAUCGUCCACGUCAGGCCCUUGCAGAGCAACACAGCUCAAGGUGGCCCCCGGAAGACGCCUGUUCUCUAACUCUUAAACUGACGUCGCUGUUGUUCUAGAAAGUGCAAUUUGAGGGUUGGGGGAGAGGGGUGUGUGUGUG